AUGGAACGAUUCUCGGAUCGCUUACCUGGAGAUGACGACCGCAGGGAUGGCUCGGUAGAUGGCAGCGUGCACGUUCUCAACGACGUUCUCGAGGACGGCGACGAUGAGGGCUCGAACACAGGCUCGGAAAAUGCGUUGAAUGAUAGGUCGACAAACUGGAAAUUGCAGGCGAAUUUAUUAUUAGAAGGUGAGGUGAGGUUACCGGAGAAGGAGUUGCCGACGAAAAGGAGGGUGGUGAGGCCGGUUAACGGCAUUAGGUCGGUUAACUGGAGGCGGUCCGUUAGGCCCACAUUUCGGAGAUCGAGUUUUCCGACCCGGCCUUGGUCGUUGCACGUGACUCCGUUCCAGGAGCAGAGCGCUUUGGAGGAAGUUGGGCCCACCCGGCCAGGAACCGGUUCGGGUUUUCCUCUUAUCCAACAUCUCCUCCGCCGCUACGACGAAUCCACGAGGCCGCAGGUGCCCUCACGCGUUUUUUUGUGUUGCUGGGUUGUCGGCAUCUUGUGCACUGGAAUGUACUCUCGUGAGCGUGGAAAGGGGGGAAACGAUGGGCCGCUCGACCAGCCUGGUUCUCUUAAAAACAAAAGACAGCGAAGUGAUGCCCUUAAUAGAUGGCGGUCUAAAAAGAAUCGUGCAUCCCCUAUGUGCCAAGGUUCUGGUUCUUCUCCGUCGCCUGUACCUCCACAAAUUGGUGCGCCUUUGUUCAGGACCACUUCGAGUGAUGAUGCUUUGGCGGAGGUUACAUGUGUUGGUGCGACUGCUGUGCCGACCACUGCGGGCUCAUCAGUGCCAGAGGUGCUGCGGCCAGACGCAGGUUCUAGGCUGAACGAUGGGCGCCAUCUGUUGGGCUCAGUACCAUCCGAGCCGUCCAGAUUGCGGGAACAACGUUGUUGUCAACACUGCGGUGCUAAAAAGAUAGCAUAUGAAACAGUUAAGUUUUGCUGUUCUGAAGGUGCCAUAAAAUUGGCGACUCACCCUAUACCUGAUUUGUUGAGGGACUUACUAUUUGGGGUUGACAACAAGGGCGGUUCCUUAUCAGUAGAGCCGUCAAAGGAUGAAAAAAUCAAAUCAACGGCGCAAUCUUUCAGAUAUGGCUGUUGGUUGUGGGAUAUGCGGAAAGGAACGGAUCCUGAUUUAGGGGCUACCUACACGGCAAUCAUGAAGAACAUAUUGUCAAUUGCAAAGGUGCAGCCGGAUGUUAGGGGGUGGACGGCAUUGAUACAAGUCGUCGAACGGGGUCAUAUACUUGUGAGUCAGAAGGACCCAACUGUCUCAUACCGCAGGUUUCUAUUUGUUGAUGCGGAGGGGACAAAAGUAUCGGCUGUGGCGUACAACAACAACAUAAGGCCAUCUUCAACGCUCUUGCUGCCGUUUAAAAGAUACUAUGUUUCUGGAGCUACCUUGAAGAGGGUUGAUGAGAAAUACCGGGUUGGCGACUAUGAGUUCUCUUGGACCAUCACUAACACCACAUUAAUCCAGCCAUGUGAAGAACAGAUUGCGCCUAAGAUGUACGGCCACAUUGAAUUGCAGCAAUUUCGCAAUCUACAUCGUUUUGCUGAUACAGAUAACCUACAAAAUGUUCUUGGUGUUGUGGCAUACGCGUUUGAAGAGAAGCAGAUUGGGUUUGAUUCGGUCAAUAGAGAUAUUUUGAUCGUUAAUGAAGAGUACAUUAACAACAAGGUUGAGAUUGGACAAUUGAUAUUUGCCGGAGCUUAUAAGGAUGUUUCCACUUUGUUGCUCCCUCCAAUGCCUGAUAGGAUUAUCACUCUCCAAACAUUAAUAGAUCCUGAGUGCAACAUUCGAACUGCAUGGAUUCAAGGCACUGCUUCUUUGGGAGCCAUAAACCAACCUCUCUGGUUUGGUGCAUGCAUGAAUUGCCGCAAGAAAUUCGAGCUUCAAGUCACCUCAACAAUAAUAUGCAGCUCAUGCAACAAACAAAGUCAGAUUUCAGCAAGGGCAAGGAUUCCAAUCAAAAUUGAAGAUGGUACUGGUUUUAUUGCUGCCGUGGUCUAUGGAGAAGAUGCUGAGCUACUAACCAAAUUCAGUGGAGUGCAACUCCAACAGGCUGACGAAAAGGGUGAAUACAUAUUGGAGAAGCUUGAUGCAAACAUGAGGGGCAAGCACAUAGUUUGCUUUGUGAGAAUGUUCAAUGUGAAUGGCCCAAGUUACUCGGUUGUCAAGCUUUACAAAGAUAAAGAUCAGGAAGAUGAACCAGCUCUAAUUGAAAAUGAGAAAGAAACUAAACAAUCACUGUCUGGAGAUAAGGAACUGUUAGAGUCACAGCUGUUCACUCCUAGCGCAAAAGCAUGUCUGGAGGAGGUAGCUGCCCAAAUUUUGAAGACCGACGUGCAGGGGCAGCCAAAAGCAAGUGUGAGGCGCGUGCUAAACUUGGAGGAUGAGUCGUCUGACUCGAUGGGUAGCACUUCAGCGUUGGGCAACGAUUAUGUGCCUGGAACCUCCGGUGAGGGCAGCGGCACUACCGACGAAAAUCUGUCUGACAGCCCAUUGAAGAAAGCACGCACCCACACCUAA